AUGUGAGGGAUAUAAAUUUAAACCGUCUAACGACAUCAAACAAAAAAGUAUAUGUCAAAAUCGCUGAGCUAUGCCCGAGUUAAUCGCUGAGCUACACCCGUGAUAAUCGCUGAGCUAUGCCCGAGUUAAUCGCUGAGCUAUGCCCGAGUUAAUCGUUGAGCUAUGCCCGAGUUAAUCGUUGAGCUAUGCCCGAGUUAAUCGUUGAGUUACACCCGUGUUAAUAGCUGAGCUAUGCUCGUAUUAAUGGGUGAGCUAUCACCUUCCUUCAUGCAGUAUUAGACUUCCAAAAAGCAAAACAUGAGAGACCAAUCUGAGAGAGUUUUGGUACCAAAUCCCAAGGGGUGAAAACGACAGUGAGUACGGAAACAGAGACCCAUCAGCAUCCGCCGCGUCUACCAUCUGAACGGUUGGAAGUUGAGUCCACGAGCCAACUCGGCCUGGUCAAACACACAAACAGGCACCAAACUUUGCGUAUCUGAAUUGCUUUUAUUUUAUCCCUUUUCUGCUUCUAUUCCGCCACUGAAUUCAAUGCUCCCACCAAACUUCACGAGAUAAUCAAAUCAAAGAGAACACAAUCAAGAACAACUCAACAAACCCAUAAAUUUGGACACUCUGGAUCCUGAAACUUCAAGCCAGGCCCCAAUUAUUAGAGCCUUUUCUCUAAUUCCCCCCACCUGGGUCUCAUCGAUCUCCUGAAGAAGAAGAAGAGAAGAAGAGAAGAAGACGAUGAUGAUGAUGAACAAGUCAGAAAAAGAAUGUUCCUCAAAUUUCCUUACACUGUUGGCCAAAUUCUUGAUUGGACUGUCUCAAGUAAGGAACAAGGAAACAAUAAUGGAGUCUCAAUAGCCCCUUUUUCGUCUGUCUUUUUGUUGAGAAGUAAUACCAAACAGGUUUUUUCUCCACCAUUGUCUUCUUUUGUCUCCUUGUUUUCCCCAUUUUCUCAUUUUUCUUCUUCUUCGCGUGGCUGUUAUUGUUUUUCCCUGUUGGUUUCGACUUUUUCGAUCUGUUUACGGAUCCGACAUCGAGAUUCUUCGUGCUGUCUUUCUCUUGUUUUCUCUUCUGUAUUUGCUUCUGUGUCCAUCUCUAUAAGUUGUGUUUUCAGAUCUUCUUUUGGAGAUCAAUUGCAAAGAGGCUCAAAAUAACAACUUGAGGCAACUGCCAAAUUUCCAGAAGAUUAUAUAGAAAAUGAAGUGCUUCUUCUACUUCAGAAACAAGAACAGGAGUAGGCAUCAAACAUCGGCGCCUGAAUUGAAAGAGCAGCAAGAAUCCGACUUUUCGGGGUGUAGUCGGACAGCUGCUUCUUUGAGCUCCCUGACUUCUCCCCGGAGUGUACCUGAAUUGUAUGAAGAGAAAGCACAUAAUUUGAGAGUUUUCUCAUUUACAGAGCUCAGACAGGCAACACAUGACUUUAACAGGCUUCUUAAGAUCGGGCAAGGGGGGUUUGGGAGUGUCUUCAAAGGCUCAAUUAAGCCUGUUGAUGGGAAGGGAGAACCCCUCGUUGUUGCUAUCAAGCAACUGAGCAAGGAUGGCUUACAGGGCCACAAGCAAUGGCUGGCUGAAGUUCAAUUUCUUAGUAUUGUGGAGCAUCCAAAUCUUGUCAAACUCAUAGGAUACUGUGCUGUGGAUGGAGAAAGAGGAAUUCAAAGACUUCUUGUUUAUGAGUACAUGCCGAACAGAAGCUUGGAAGAUCAUCUCUUCAACAAGGCGCUACCCGCGCUCGCUUGGAGAACAAGAUUGCAGAUAGUACUUGGUGCAGCUCAGGGAUUGGCUUACCUGCAUGAAGGAUUGGAAAUUCAGAUAAUAUACAGAGAUUUGAAGAGCUCAAAUGUGUUACUAGAUGAGAACUUUCAUCCAAAACUUUCAGAUUUCGGGCUUGCCAGGGAAGGGCCAGAAAUUGGGCGUACUCAUGUUUCGACAGCAGUAAUGGGGACAAAUGGAUAUGCAGCUCCAGAUUACAUAAAGACAGGUCAUCUCACAGCAAAAAGCGAUGUAUGGAGCCUCGGUGUUGUACUUUAUGAGAUUCUGACAGGAAGACGAUCAUUGGAGAGACAUCGGUCGAGACCGGAGCAGAAACUUGUGGAAUGGGUUAAACAUUUCAAUCCUGACAGCAACAGGUUUAGUUUGAUAAUAGAUCCACGGCUUGAAAACCAGUAUCCUAUCAAUGCAGCUAGAAAAGUAGCUAAGUUAGCAGAUACUUGCCUGGCAAAGAAUGCAAAGGAUAGGCCCUCCAUGGCUGAGGUAGUGAACAGAUUGAAGCUGAUCAUCAAAGCUGAGGAUGACAACGAACCUUACGCGAAAAGUCCUGAUUCUGUCAAUGACGAAUCCGACAUGGAAAGAGAGCCAGAGAAAAUGGAAGCACCGAUGUCGUGGAGAAGGCGAAUGAGCCACCUGCAGAAACUGGGAGAGCAUGUGGAGGGUGCAAGUAGAAGAAGAUUUAUGAUAAUGCAAAGAGCAAAAGUGCCUUAAAAAACUUGGGUUUUUUCUCAUUCAGAAUCAGAUUUUGGUAUUAUAGACUAAGCUGCAGUUUUGAAAGCAAAGAAACAGAGUAGAAAAGAAUUUCAGUCAAGAGAAACAUUGAGGCAGAACAUAGGACACAAACUAGAAAGUCUACUGCCGGUGGUGAACAGAAGCUAAUGUAAAUAGUCUAACUGAGUUAUUUUAUUCUAUUGUUUCAAUGCUUCAGCUUUUGCUCUA